CAGCCACGGCGAGGAAGAGGAAGAAGCAGCCACUUGCCCGCUCCUGCACUGCACAGCUCGCCGUCGUACUGCUGUCCUGUUGGUCGCGGCAGCGGAAGAGGCACAUACAGGCAAGGCCCAAUCCCGGCCGCUGCUUCGGUCGCCGUCGUGGGAGUGGGAGGGAAGGAGGGAGGGAGGGGAUGGAGGCUGCGGUGGCGAGCGCUCUGACCAAGGAGGUGGUGCUGAAGCUCGUGGCGCUGCUGAGCGAGAAGCACAAGCUGUCGAGGGGCCUCAAGGACGACAUCCGCUUCAUCCGGACCGAGCUCGACAUGAUCUCCAGCGCCAGGGACAGCCACAUGGCGGCAGGGCGGGAUCCGGCGAGCAGCUCCUCGCGCAUAUCCAUGGAGGAGAUGCGUGAUCUGGCGCACGACAUCGAGGAUUGCAUAGACCGGUUCCUGCCCUGCCCCUGCGUGGCCUGCCAGGGUCAGGGCGAGGCCGCGUCCGUCCUCCGCCGCGUCAAGAAGGCGGCCACCAGCGCCAGAUCCCGGUUCGCGGCCGAGAUCCACAAGCUCCGGAGCAGGCUCAAGGACGCCCACGACCGAAGGGUCAACUACCAAGCAGUCAACGGAUCCUCCGCCGGAGCUUCUCCGGCGGCCGCGGACACGGGGGCGGAGACCGACCCCGUGGGCAUCGACGAGCCAAAGCAGGAGCUUGUCGACAUCUUGUUGCAGCAGACCGGGCCGGGGAAGCCCGGUGUGAUAUCCAUAGUCGGGUUCGGCGGCUCCGGGAAGACCACGCUCGCAAGGGCAGUGUAUGAGUGCCCCGGAGUCGUCCGGAGAUUCCCCUGCCGCGCCUGGGCUGUGGCCUCGGAGCACAGGGAUGCCGAGGGGCUCCUGACCACGAUACUCCGGCAACUCCGCACCACCGAUGCGCCGCUGCCCCAAAUUUCCAUGGAUGGUUUUCUGCGGACUACAGAGUGCUUAAUUGUAAUCGAUGACAUCAACAAGCAGAACUGGGAUGUCAUCAAAUCCAUCUUACCCAGGGAAGCAAAAAGCAGAAUUAUAGUUACCACGGCUCUCCAGUCAGUAGCUAAUGCUUGCAGCUCAGGUGACGGUUAUGUUUACAAGAUGAGCAUUCUUAACGCGGAGCACUCCAAGGUUUUGCUAAUGAAGAAGGUUUUCUUCCAAGGAUGUUCACCUGAACUGGAGCGGGGUUCAACAGCAAUUGUAGAGAAGUGUGACGGCCUUCCACUUGCUCUUGUGUGUAUGGCCAAGUUUUUGCUAGGCGAGAAUGAGCUCACGGGAAGCCACUGUGCGCGAGUUUGCCACAACCUCGGGCAUCAUAUGGAGAAGGAGGCAGACUUCACAAAACUGCAACAGGUUCUUGUAAAUAACUACAGCAGCCUGUCUGGUUAUCCUCUGAGGACCUCCUUGCUAUACACGAGUGUGUUCCCAAAUGGUCGCCCAAUCAGGAGGAAUACUUUAAUCAGGCGAUGGCUAGCUGAAGGGUAUGUCCAGUGUCAAUAUAAACGCAGUGAUCUGGAGGUAGCAGAUGAAAACUUCCGGGAACUUAUUGACCGGAAUAUCAUCCGGCCGGUCGAUGCUAGCCACAAUGCAAAAGUGAAGACGUGCAGAACUCAUGGAAUCAUGCACGAGUUCAUGCUGCACAAGUCAAUGUCUGAUAACUUCAUCACAUCUCUUCAUGAUCAAAACCGAAGUAAUUUCCGUCACCUGUUCAUCCAAAACCAUGCAAGUGGCAGCACCUUGAGCUCGAACCAGCGUACAAGUCCAGCAAGCGAUGAUGCAGCUGGCAGUGAGAAAUUCCGCGCCCGGUCUCUGACCAUCUCUGGGGAUGCGGGAGAAGCUGCUUCUGAGUUUUGCAGGUGCGAGCUGCUGCGAGUGUUGGAUCUGGGAGAAUGCAAUGAUUUGGAGGACAGUCAUCUCAAGGACAUACAUAAGCUGUGGCAUCUAAAAUAUCUGAGCCUUGGGGGCACUAUCAGCAACCUUCCGAAGAAAAUUGACAAGCUACACUGUUUAGAGACCCUGGAUCUGAGGAAGACAAAGAUAGAGGUAUUGCCAGUGGAAGUCAUUGGGUUGCCUCACCUAGCUUACCUGUUUGGAAAGUUUAAGUUUGGGAAAAAGGACUUGAGAAAGAGCGAAAUAGCGGAGUUCUCGCAAAGAAAAAGUAAGUUGAAGUCUCUUGCAGGAUUUUAUGCAGAUGGAAACCCUGGGUUUCUACAACUGAUGGCUCAUAUGAAAGAACUGAAAAAGGUUAAGAUAUGGUGUGAAUCCACUGGCGCAGACAACAAAGGCUUGCCUGACAUUUCAAAGGCAGUUCAGAAGUUUGCUCAGGAUGGCAUGGACACAACCGGCGUUCGUUCUCUGUCACUCAAUCUUGGGAAUACCAUGGGUGACUUCCUGGGUUCUAUUCAAGAAUAUUGUUAUCUUAGCUCGCUGAAACUGCACGGCCAGCUUAGUGUAUUGCCUCAGUUUGUUACAUCCUUAUGUGGCCUCACAGAGUUGUGCCUUUCAUCGACCAAUCUGAUGGGGCAUGAUCUAUCGAACCUGCGCAAGCUGCGCUACUUGCUUUACCUCAAGCUGGUUGAGGCUGACCUUGGGAGCUUCACCAUAGACAAUGGGGACUUCCCAAGCCUGCGACGCCUAUGCCUUGUGGUGAAAAUGCCCAUCCUCCCUGCAGUCAAAGAGGGAGCACUGCCGUACCUUGUCUCACUCCAGCUGCUCUGUAAAGACCUCUUUGAUCUUUCAGGCAUGAGGAUCGAGUUCCAUGAUUGUCUUGAGGAAGUUGCCCUCGAUUCUAUGGUCAGUGCCAGAACAGCAGAAAUGUGGGAAGCCGCAGCGAAGAAGCAUCCAAAGAGACCAAAAGUUGUGUUUCUCAAAAGGAUUGAUCCGAGCGAACCCGAAUCUGCUGUGAAAUACGUCACGGCGGAUGGGCCGACACGUGAGAAAUGCAUAGUCGAUUCGCCUCAGUCAGGUUCUGUGAGCAAACACGGUCCGUAUCUGAAGAAGACGGUUGUUUCAGAACCCCCUCGAGCUGCAUCCGAGCUGUCCAGUGCUGCGAACGGUGCGAUGCCUCCUUCUGCAAGCAUAUGUUGAAGAAUGAAGACGCCGCCAUUGUUGCGAUGCUCCCAAAGGUGCAGGAGGACCUGUUGGCGUCGUUGUGCGCUGCAGCAGGACCUGCGGGCAACAACUUGAGCAUGGAGUACCAUGCAUGGGGAUGCAGCGUUUCUUGUGUUUUCUCGGGCAGAAGUGUUGCUGGGGUUCACCAUGCAAUGCAGGCCGCCAGACCAUGGUAGUUUCAAAAACCAGACUCGACCGGCGGUCCAACCGGAAGAAUCGUGAACCGAUGCCUUGGUCUUUUAUAGAAACCAAAGAAAUAAAAUGGUGCGUAAACUUGGGAUGGAACCCUUGACCUUGCAUGGAUUUUGUUCCCCUUGCAUCUGUGAUCUGGACCAUGUUCUGCACGUGUAUUGUUGUCCACAUAAUAGCAGGUUGCAUUUCCGCAUUUUGGGAUUUUGGUCUGGGUUGAAGCGGUUCGGUUGCCAAUGCAUUUCCGUAUUUUGGGAUUUUGGUCUGGGUUGAAGCGGUUCACGCGGUUGCCAACAUUCGGUGAUGUGGUAUUGUGGUUACGUUACACCCAAAUGUGGUGAGCUUAUUCGCUAUCACCCUUAUGACUGCUGCCAUUUCAUGUCAUGUACGAUCACAUGUUAACACUUAACAGCAAUAUUGCAGUGACGACUAAUUGGACGAAGAUCCACCCACUUAACCCGA